UUGGGCGGUCGGCGCGAAUCCUCUGAGGGGGAGCGGCGCUUCCCCGUCUCCAUGGCAACGAGACGGUAAACAAGAUGGCGGCGCCCAGGCCUGAGUAGAGACGGGACCGACAGCGCGGCCCCUCCGCCCCCUCUUUUCUUAUCACAGCUCAUGGCGGGAGGCGAGGAGAACGGCCGAGAGGGCAGCCACGAGGAGCGUCUUACCCCUUCUCGUGAGCCCCCGCAGCAGCUCGCUCAGGGGCGCCCCGAGGAGCAGCCCCAGCUCAGCCCUCCUGGCCAGGAGGACCAUGAGGAGGAGGAGGGCGAAGGGGAAGAGGAGUCACAGCGCUCAGAGGUUCAGCUCAGGGCUGUCCAUCUGUCUGGGGAGGGGGGUGCUCGUGAGGGGACAGCCCUUUCCCUCCUCAUCCCUCGAUGGAGAUUUGAGGGAAAGAAGGGGGAGCAAAUCGCUGAGCUGCCUGAGCUCGAGUGGAUUGAAGAUCUGCCUCUCCUCAGAGUCCUGAAUCUUUUAAAAAACCCUCUACAGGAACAAGCAGAUUAUUGGCUCUCGGCGAUUUUCACGCUGCUCCGAGUCACAGAGCUGGACCUCAAGGAGAUUGCAGUGAAAGAAAAGGUUGCUGCUGUGAAUAAAUAUGAUCCUCCUCCAGAAGUUGUUGCUGCAGAGGAUCACAGAUCUCUGGUGAUAUUCCACAUGAUGCAGCCCCAGAAAAUCCUGCACAGCACUUUGCCUGACCUGGACUCUUCCUACCCCAUGCUGGUGUUGGUGGGCCCCGUGUCCUGUGGGAGGAGGGAACUCACUCAUAAGAUCUGCAGGCAGUUCAACAAUUUCUUCAGAUUCGGUCCCUGUCACACCACCAGGGGACCUUAUUUUGGGGAAGAAAACAGGCUGGAUUAUUAUUUCAUCUCUCAAGAAGCAUUUAAGGAAAUGGUGGAUACAGGGAAGUUUCUAGCAACCUAUAAAUACAGUGGCCACCACUAUGGAUUGGGAAGAGACACUUUGGAAUCCAUUGCCAGGGAAGGGCUCGGGACCUGCGUUCACUUGGAAAUCGAGGGUGUGAGGAGCUUGAAGUGCACCUACUUUAAACCCAAGUAUGUCCUGGUGGUGCCCAUGGACAAGGAGAAAUAUGAGACACAUCUGAGGAGGACAGGAUUGUUCAGCAGGCCAGAGAUUGAAGAGGCAGUUUCCAGAGUGGACAUGUACCUCCAAAUCAGCCAGGAUUCCCCAGGAUACUUUGAUGCAGUCAUCAACACGGAUGACUUGAAUGAGGCAUUCAUGGAGCUGAGUCUCCUUAUGAAGGUGUUCCUGGACUUGGAGCUCCCUGCAGCCUUUGAUGACAUCCAGGACACCAGAAGCAGAGCAGGCUCAAGAACUCAACUCUUGUCCCCUGGUGGAGUGACUCGCUCUCCAUCUGUCAGUGACCCCUUGGACUCUCCUACCAAAAAAUAUCCCAGAGCCUUCUUGGACAUCAAGACUGCACCUCCAGGCUCUGUGGAAGAAGCUUCUCUCCGAAGACGUUUUUCCGCGGCACAUCAGGCCCUGUCAUGGAAAGCACCUCCUGCCCCUGUCCAGCUGCUUCCCAGGGAAGCUGCUGCUGCUGCUGAUGGUCGGCGGGGUCCCAACACCCACCACCCUGAGGAACCCAAAGCUGAGCACCAGGAUCCAAGAGGAGCUGGGAAUUCCAGGGACAGGUUGAAAGGGGCUGGUGAAACCCUCCAGAGAAAAUCCAGCAAGCCCAAAUCAGGUUCUCACGUCCCUCAGCUCCUCACCCAGCCUGGCUCCAAUUCCAGAGCUGUCCUGCCUCCGAUCCCACCCGGCAGGAAGAGCAGCAACCCUUGAUGGCCCCACUCCCCCCUCCCAAAAAUCUUGGCCAUCCCCACUCUUUCUUUGAACAAGAACAGCGAUUUUCAUCAAAGAUUAUUACGAAAUCCAUUUCUUAUUAGCCCUCAAAAAAAAAAAAAGUUAUUUAUUUCGAACUUUAUUAAAAAGUCGUUUCUCUCUCUUU